AUGACUGCUAUUCGCGAUGAAUUCUCGGCCAUCCCGGAUGAAGACGAUAUCCCUUCUACAUUUUUGCAUGAGGCGGAUUCAUCUACCACAGUCUUAAACCCAACCCAUGUUCUUCGGCCUGCUUACAUGUGUGGAACCUCUGUGUGGAUAUGGGGGCCUGAUGGCCCUGUUGAUGGCGGCUAUGAUCCUUUUAUUUUGACGUGCCAGGACUGGGUUGGACAAGUGGCACCUCUGCUUCACGAAGUCUAA